AUGAUUUCUUCAACAAGCGCAAGAGACAACAACAAUAAAAGAAAAAAUGAUAAUGAUAUUAAAAAUACAAAAAAAACCAAGAAAGGUACAAGCGACAACAAUAAUAUUAAAAAAAAUAAGAAAGAUAAUGCCAAACUUGCGGAAACAGUCACUGAUAAGUUGAAUACAAAUGUAUUCAACGUCUCGUUCGCGCUCUGGAGCAUACUAAAAGAAACCAAUAUUAAGACAUUUACAAUGAACGUUGAAACCAGGUUGAUGCAAUAUACGAAAUCAGAUGGAAUUUUGCACGUUCGAUCAGUUAGUGAUCUUAGGAUUGUAGAGGCGAAAGUUAACGAGAUCUCAAUUCCAUACAAUUUUAGUCAGAUAGGUUCGGAAAGACAAAAAGCCAGAGAUCUCGGGAUUAGAGUUGAAUAUUUUGACAAAUCUGUUAAACUGCUGAAUACUACGGCUGAAUUGGGUGCUCUUGCGGUAGAAUUGCAUAAAAAUGAAAAGACUCCUUCUGGUACACCAACAUCCAUUGUGACUAAUAAUGAUUUUGGAGACAGACAAGCGUCUGUAGAAGCUAUAUUAAAUACGCCAAGCUAUUCAUUACAAUCAUUUUUAUCUGUCAAUGAAGGCGAAAGAAUUUCUAUGUUGAAAGCAGCUAUUAAUAGUUUAUCAGCUCACGUUUGGCAUUCAAUCAAUAGUUUGAUAAAGGACUCAAUUUCUCAAGAAGUUGCUCGAAGAUAUCAGCUCAGGUUCCUUGUUUCCAUGAGGAGUGAUGGACGAUUAAAUGAAAAGGAUUUGACAUUAAAUUUACAACGAGGAUUUCGCAUCGAAAGAGUUCUAAACGCCAUUGGAACUAAGUGGAACGUGCUAGAUGCUAUUGACACCCUUACACCUUGUUUUUUUACCAGUACGAUCAACGGAUGUACUAAUUUCGAAAUCUGGCUCGAAAUUAUAGUAAGUAAUGAAAUAAUCUCAUAUAAUGAGGCGGACAACAGAUACAAGCAAUUUAAAAUGUCUUCAGCAUACGAUAGGGUUCAAAGUAUCAAACAAGCAUGUGAGAACAAUGGCGUUGAAAUUCAACAGCCAAAUGAGAUGGAUUUUAGUUUUGAUUAUUAG